AUGCCCAUCGUGGCGCUUGUCAGUCUGGUGAUUGUUGCGGCUGCGAUUGGAAUCCUGCGGUCCCGGCGCCGCCACAGAGCGACGGAGGGAUGGGCAGGGCAGAGCGGACUCGAGCAGAUGCCCAAGGAUGCCAUAACACUGGCGGUGCACGCCCUUCCCGAGACGACGUUCCAUGCGGAGGAUGGCACGGUUCUCGACGUUUCGGACUGCCGCCUCUGCCUCGAGGAAUACGCCAGUGGGGACAGGCUGCGAAGGCUGCCCUGUGGUCACGUGUACCACAGCGCGUGCAUCGACAUCUGGCUCGCGGCCAAACGAGACCAGGGCCUCCCACGCGGCCAGCGCGGCUGCCCCGCGAUGCCACUGGACGAGGUUGUCCUCAAGGCGGCCGAGGCGGCGGUGGCGGUGGCGUGCAGGCACGCGGCGUCGGGGCCGGGAAUGCGAUUCGUCGAUGCGCACCGGCACCAGCUGGCGCGAGCGCGGGUGCCCAAUGGCGGUGAGAGAGGCGGCGACGAGCCGGCUCGCGAUGGGAGGCCCGCCGCCGACGCGCAGUGA